AUGGUUUUGAUUGCGUACCUUUCUAUUAAUGAAGGACUCGAUAGCUUCACCAGAACAUUCCACAUCAAGGAGUUGAACGUCCGUAUACUCAAGGAGGGGCUCUUUAUCACCGCAACUUUUGGUCUCGCUUGCGCUUCUACCAUACUUUUUCUCGAGUCAGCAAACCACUUCAAACUCCUUUCAAACCGCAUGUCAAAGCUAUCGAUAUGGAGUUUUGCCAACAAUUUUUAAGUUUAACGCUAGUUCAGCUUCUAAUAUCUGUUUCCAAAUGUAAAUAGAAGUUUAUGUUUGUAUAUAUCCGGUAUGUAAACCUACACUUAUUCUUUUCCUUUCCUUUUUGCUGUUUCCCAUUAUCACUAGUACAAUACCGUACACUUUCUUCUUUCCCAUACUCUUUGUUUACAGAUGGCACAACGAUAGCUCGCCGCGCAAUUAUGCCAAGCAGAGGAGGAGUCUGGCGAAUCAGUGAAGAACCGACGACCAGCGAGCCACCAC